ACACAAGUGCAUGUACAGCAUGCAGUACAGAACAAGUGCAGUGCUGAGUGCAUGCGGUUUAUAUAUAUACGGUACAUUGCAUUUGUACUGCAUUGCCGACGUUCGUCACGUUACCUGAACGACACAAUUACAACUCAAUCAUCAAGAGAUCAAUCUUUUUCGACUUCAUUGUUGUUUGUGAGCUUCGAAUUGUUUGCUGUUUGAUUUUUCUUUAUGAGGAGCUAGCACGACACUGUGCUAGCUCACUUACACUCAAGCCUGCAAACACUAAGUUAGUCUUAAUCUUGACGGUGGAGACUGGAGUGAGGAAAUCAAAUGGACGCUUCCUGGGAAUCACCAAAACAGUGGAGGGAUUACCUAGACUAGAGAGAGAGCUUUUGAAGAGUGAAGUCAAGUCAAAUCGCCAGCUUCAUCAAUUCAUGAGUCGCAUUGGCCAAAUGAAUCUAGUCUGUUCACUUUUAGCAGCCUGAAUUUCUCCCCUACUAUCGGUGUAAACCUUUUAGAUUUCGUGUUUCUCUAAAUAUUCUUGGGCUAUUCAUAAGCAGAGCUGCAUUGAAGUUUGAGUACAACAUGUACUAUGUAGGCCCUAGUAAUAAAAUCACAAUCAAAUUCUCUGGACACAUCGCUAAACAGUAAACUCCAAUUACUUCCAUCAUGGCGCUGGCACCGAAAGUGAUCAUGACCUGGUUCUUCACUCUCCUGUUUCUCAUCCUCUUGGCUCUGCGUCUGGACCAGAAUACAACCUGGAACUGGUUCAUUAUCUUCCUUCCCCUGUGGAUCUUCGACUUCUUAGUCCUCUGCAUUCAGCUCCUGAGGAUCGUCACGCACGUCAGGACUGGCCACGACCGCCAUCUUGAGAUGACCAUGUCGACCAAGAUUUUCUUCGUCAUUGGGAUAGGCCUGAAGCUCUUGUUCCAGGUCCUGUUAUGUGUGCGGCUGGAGUACAAGCAUGAUUUGGCCCUGUUCUACGUUUUCAUACCUCUGUGGGUGAUUCUAAUAUUUGGAGCUGUCCGUUUGACCCCUUGGAUUGUGAAGCAGACAUGAUCGCUUUCGUGAUCAAAAGUCAAGAACAGGCGUUCUCAAAAACUUCUUUGAAAAUUGAAAUACAGUUUACUGCACUGUUUUGAAUCCCAAGUUGGACAAUAGCAUCUUGGAACAAUAUCCUAUUUCUUUCAGAGUAAACUGCUAUCUAUAUAAGCUACAUCUGUGUGUUAAUUGUGUGGCCUCUAUCCUCUGACAUUGAAAAGAGACAUACAUGUAGGAACAUUUCAAACGUUUUCAUAAAAUGUGCUGGGAAAACAUUGGCAGUAAUUUAUCUCAUCAUACAUGUAGCUAAGUAGCUUAGAUAUUUUAUCUUUGGAUGCCUGGAUGGAACACAGUGAUUUAAUUUAAGGCUGUGCCAUGUAGCUGAAUCUGAAAUAAAGUCUUGGAUUGAGAAUUGAAGUGAACUGUGAACCUGUUAUUAAAAAUAAAUUUAGAAAAAGCUAGACUCCUAGAGCAGGUCGAAAACAACAUGAAAACCAAAUGUUUUAAGCAAACAAAUAUUUCACCAUGAGAAAUAUGAUCAACGAUUUCCUUGGAAGUUUAUGAGGUGCUGCAAGUGAUGAAGCUAAAACUACAUAUUAAUAGUCAAUGUGUUAAUGAAAUUGAACUGGCAAAGCUGGAGGAGUUUGUUUUCAAGUGACGGGGGAAAGAUCUUUUGUGAUGUUGAUGUUGAAAGAAUGUUUGCCUUGGAUGCCCCUCAAGUCCUCAACCCAAAAUAUUCUACUUUUCCCCUGCAAUGGAUAUGGACAUCUACAAUUACAAAGACUGUAUUUAACAGAAGAAAAGAGAAGAAGAAAAAUACAUCUUAAUUAGGUCUGAAGGUAUCUCAAAGACUGCGAUCAUAUACUUCUCAUGAAAGAUGGGUAUAUAAGUGAAACAGGCACACAUGAUGAACUACUGGGUCUGAACGGAGAGUAUGCAAGACUAAUCCAGACCUACCAUCCAGUGGAAGAUGAGGAGAAGGAAGAUACUCUGAUAGAAGAUGGAGAGAAGGGUGAAAUGAAGCAAGCCCCGCCCACCGGGGAGGAAGAUGGAAAGAACAAUAGCUUAUCCACUCAAGAUGAAAAGAACACAGGAGGUAAGCUGAUAAAGGAAGAGGAAAUGGAGUCGGGAAUAGUUUCAAUGGCAACGUACAAAUCCUACGUCCACUAUGCUGGCGGCUGGUUCAGGGUCAUAGUAGCGGGACUCUCUCUUGUCCUAGCCAAUUCAUUUCUGGUGGCUACCAACGCAUGGUUGGCAAUUUGGUUGAGGUCAGCAGAUCUGGAAUACCAAACGGCAAUAUACAUGAACGAAACCGCCACCAUCAACGAUACAUACACCGACUACUUCUACACACAAACUCCAUAUGAAGAAACAGAUGAGAGCCUCAACCUCGAAGAAAGAAUCUACUUUUAUGUGGGUGUCUACUUUGGCCUCUUUGGCAUCACGAUCAUCCUGUUCCUGCUGUCGGCAAAAGCCUUUGUCAUCGUGGUUUUCCGUGCUGGCAACAACCUUCACAAUGCCUUGUUCAGACAGGUUAUCAAGAGUCCAAUGGUGUUCUUCGACACAACUCCUCUGGGCAGGAUUCUCAAUAGAUUCUCCAAAGAUAUGGACGAAGUUGAUCUGGACCUUCCAAGUUGCCUACUGCGAUUGAUCUGCUGCUUGUGUUUCGUCUUCAUCGGAGAACUCGGAGUGUGCGUCUUCCUUCCGUGGAAUAUCCUCCCGUUCCUUGUCUUUGUCCCAGCAUGCCUCUUCAUCCUUCGGUUCUACCGGUCGGGAUUCUGCGACAUCAAACGGCUGAACAACGUCUGCAGGUCUCGCCUUGUCUCUCACCUAUCAGCUUCCAUGCAGGGACAUGCAACCAUUAAAGCGUACUGCAAGUCUGCUUACUUUAUCAGGAGGUUUGAAGCAUUACUUGACAGCGACACUCAACUCCUCCAGACCGUACAGAUGGCCAUACGUUGGGCGGCGGUCAGGCUUGACUCGCUUGCUGCCCUCAACGCCGGCUUGGUGGCAGUCAUUGUGAUCCUCUGGAGGGAUCAUAUGCCCAAUUCAGUCAUGGGCUUUGUUCUCUUUGUUGUCUCGAGUUUGUGUAUAGGAACGAUCCAGACCACAUUCAUCUCAGCAACAGAGACGGAGAGUAGUUUUAUUGCAGUGGAGAGGCUGUUAGAAUACAUUCAGACCACACCACAAGAGGGAGAGGAGACCAAGAAAGAAUCACAUGACCUUACCAGCUGGCCGUCUGAGGGGCUUGUCCAGUUUACAAGGGUCAAGAUGCGCUAUCAGCCCCACCUACCGCUGGUCCUCAACGACAUCAAUCUAGUCUUCGAGGCGCGGGAGAAAGUGGGCAUUAUUGGGAGAACCGGAUCAGGUAAAUCCUCGCUGGGGGUGGCCCUGUUCAGACUGACAGAGCUUUGUGGUGGGUUCAUUCUCAUUGACGGGAUGGACAUCAGUACGCUGGGCCUGGAUGAUCUACGGAGUAGGCUCUCUAUCAUUCCUCAAGACCCUGUCCUCUUUAUCGGAACCAUUAGGUAUAACAUAGAUCCAUUCAAUGAACAUCCUGAUCAUGAACUAUGGGAAGCACUGGAGAAAACACACAUCAAGCAAACGAUCAGCAACCUAGAUGGGAAGCUUGGUGCCCCCGUCCUGGAGAAUGGAGAGAAUUUCUCGGUCGGUGAGAGGCAGCUCAUUUGUAUGGCCAGGGCAUUGUUACGCAAUAGCAAGGUUCUGUUGCUAGAUGAGGCAACCGCAGCAAUAGACACACAUACGGACAGCCUUAUACAGCAGACUAUUAGAGAAGCAUUCCAAGAUUGUACCAUGCUCAUCAUAGCACACAGACUCAAUACAGUACUUGAUUGUGAUAAAAUACUUGUCAUGGACCAAGGCCAGGUUGGAGAGUUUGAUUCACCACAUAACCUUCUAGCCAACCGAAACUCCAGACUGUCGGCCAUGUUGGAAGCUACUGGAGACAGGUCCACACCAGCACAGAGCUCAGUGUGAUACAGUCAGGCAGAACAGCAAGACUAGAUCCAAUGUUAGACCUGUACUUGGACCUGUUCUACGGGCAUAUGCUAGGUCCCAUGAUAGAUAUUUGAUGGACCUGUUCAAGACGCAUGUGCUGGAUCCAAUGAUAGGUCUAGUGUUCUACACUUUGACCUGCUUGAGAGGCAUAUGCGAGAUCCUAUUAUCGACCUGUGCUUGUACAUUUUCUAGAGGAAUAUGCGAGUUCCAAUGAUAGACCUGUACUUGGGCCAGUUCUAGUUGGACCCAUUACCAAGUCUUAACUUCUGGGAUUUGAAUCAGAACUUCUUAGCAGACAUCGUCAGGACCCUGUUUGAGCUGUAGAUAUAUCCUUGAUGUGACACAUUUUUUUUGUAUUGAAAGAUCUUAUGCAAAUUAAUGUCAUACAGAAGGGAUUUCCCCGCCUUGGUCCUUUUUUAAUGAAGAUGAAUGUUUUCAGUAGCUUUAGACCAUUUCUUGUAACAAGUCUAUAUGAAACAAGAACGGUUCUGGGCCCCGUAACACAAAACUUAGCGAUGAAUAGCAAAUAUGUAAGAACACUUCUGAUUGGAUCCUGGUCAGUAUUUGAAGCAAAAAGCUUGUGUAACAUUGAUCUUGAUUGGUCAGUUCAUUUAGAUUGAUCGCUAAUCUUUGUGUUACAGAGCCUGCGUGGGUGCUUCAUAAAGCUGUUUGUAAGGUUGUGCACAACAUGAUGCAGUAUGAAGUCAGCUACAUAGGGAUAUAUCAAUUAGCACAUGAAACCCAUGGUCAAGUGUAAAAUCAUUUAUAACUUACAGCUUUAUGAAACACCCACGGGACUUGUUCUGUAUGAAACACCCACCGGGAUAGUGUGUAUUCCUGUAGAGGUUUAUCUUUCAAGAUAUGCUACAUCUGUGUGUCAUGGUGACAGAGACACAAUCUGCAGAACAAUCCUUGACUUUGAAUGUAGAUGCUUACAGAAUCCAUUAUAGGUCUACUUUCUUCUUCAUCAGCAUCCAUGAAAGCAAAGACACAUAUUUUUCUGGGUAGUGGUAGUGUAAUAAACACUUAUGAUUAUUUAUGCACAAAUUCUACUGUAUUCACAUCAGGCAUGAUAUUCUCCCUACUAAAAUCGGAAUUACGUUUUUAGAUUCCCCCCUUAAAUCCUUUGCCCAAUAAUAUUGUCAUGAUGUUUUUUACGUCAAAUGAUAAAGCUAUCAUGCAGACUCGCCUUGAAAAAUCACUUUUGAUUUCUUUACAAUGCAAGAGCUUGUAACCCCGACCGGGGCGUCUCAGACUUCGGCGUGGACUUAGCCACCCUUGGCUACUUUUCAAAUGGGAAUAUCAUGCCUGAUUCGCAUUUUGGUGGCACCAAAGUCUGCUUAUAAAUUUUUGUUAACAUUUGACGUUUUCCAGAGGCUGAAUGGUUUAUUAAUAUUGUUUCUAACAAUCUAAUUCAUAAAUUUGACACAGUUAAACAUAAAUAUGUCCAUGUUGGAUUAAGUUCUUGUUGGAAAAUAAGAUGGAGGCUUUUAGGAAAUUUGGUUAAUCAAACAAAAUUAGAGUGACAUUUUCAUGAUUAAGGUUUAUUUUCCAAUGCCAAUUCAUCCACUAUCAUCUAGUCUACCAUUGAUAUUAAUUUGUCCUAUAUACCCAUUUGGUAGUGUUAAUUGGGAAAAAUGAAUAAAAUAUUAGACCAUCUGAUUAUGAGACGAACUGGUGAAUUGACAAAGUGAUGAUUAGACGAAAUGGCAUUAGACUGAAUAAAGGUAGAGCAUGAGCAUGUGGUGAGUGGAAGAAUUGGCAAUUUACCAUGAUUAAUCAUAAAAUCAGCCCUGCAAUAAUUCUCUACACUCUGUGUCACAGGGCCCAGGUUUUGGUUUGUAUAAGAGGUGCAAGAAAUAUAAGGCUGAUAUUAAGUAUGCUUAUUUAAAUUCAAUUGUUAUGCUCGUUGUACGGGGGGGGGGGGGGAGCACAUGCAGUGAGCUGUAAUACCCAACAUUGUUUUGCAAUUGCAAAAUAAAAUGCCUGUAGAGUUGAUUAUUAAAUCAACCCACCCCCCCUCAAAAAAAAAAUCAAUUACCCUGAUAGUGUAGAACUUUAAAACCAUUUCACCUUUCCACAAUUUAUUUGUAAAUAUAUCAUGCCUGUGCAAUUGUCAACAACUUUUUUCACGAUAUUUCGUAUUGCUGCAUUAAAAUAAUAUCCAUCUCAAAAUAAAAGUUUUGGCGAUGGAAAGUCAGGGAGAAAGUCUGAGGUAGAAUUAAGACUUACGGCUCCCAGCCGUGGCCAUUUUGUAAAAUUAAAAUGUUCUACCUUUGGACUUUGUAUGUGUGAUUUUUCCUAGGCUUUACGUAUAAUUUUUUUUUUGUCUUAAGUAAUAACGUCAUCAACAUUUCGUGUAUGGCUGCCGUAGGGGAAAUGUGACCGAGGUAUUAAUAAUGUAAUUUCUAAAGAGAUAGAAGAUAUACAGACAUGCACAGGUAAGGUGCCUUCAGAGAAUGCCACUUUCAUUGCCAAUGUAGGUGCCAUCUUGUAUUGAGUUUGUCAUUGAUUUUUGCCAAUCUAAAGACUGGAAGAAGGCUGAAUUCUUCCAUUUUUUUCAUUCAGAACAUAAAAAUACAGGUAAUUUUCUGAAUUAUUGUAGUUUUGUAAAACUUGUAUUGGUUACAAGCUAAAGCUGUUAGAAUUUUGUAUUUUUUUCUUAAAUAUUUUUCAAAAUACACAGUAUAAUGUAACUGUAAUUAGCUCCCAAAGGCUUUCCAAUCAACUUUUAUGUUCAUCCAUCAGUAAUAGCAAUAAUAAGCAAUAAUAAUUAUACAUUUGGUAAUGCAUCAUUCGCUCCUUCGCUAAUUUCUCUGAAGGUAGUAGGCACUCAAGUUGCCCAAAUGGCACACAGAUCAAAUUCAAACUUGGAUCUUUUGUCAUUUAGGAGUGAUAGUAAAUUUGUGCAGAUAUUUAAUGCUAUUGUUAUUCUAAUUAACAUAAAAUGGAGUAGAAAAUGUAACCCUACUUACCUACUAGCAUUACCAGAUUUAUACUGUCUAGCAAAAAUGCCAGCAUCAAUAGAUGAUAACAAUACAGUGAAAAGAUUAGGAGUUAGGCAUGUUGUAUAGCAUUGAUUUGUACAUGGCUGUAUGAUGAUGUCAUGUUGGAUACAUGUGUCACUGUAUCCUAGCCUUGCUCGCUCGACUGCUGACAACCUAUGCUUAGGUGAACCUCCCUUAUAUACCUGUCUAGAAUAUACCAUAAAUGAUUUUGAUAUCAAACAGUUUGUAGACUCUUGCACCCCUAAUGGAAACCAUGCAUAAAACAUCAGCUUGACCAAAGAACCAUCUGGCCCUUGAAAUUUUAAUCUGCAUAUAAGGGUUAGCUCAGUAUGUGUUUGACGUUUUUACAGCAUUUAUAGUGAACACCUGCACAUUUGAAAUGUUAUCGAAGGCUCUCUAUAAUCCAGUUUUAUAUGUUCAUGUGAAUAGCAAAGUCUGUUCUUAAUUAUACAUUUUGUUCUAUUCAUUGAGUAAAUUGUUUUGUGAAAAGUUAUAUGCACAUCGUCAUGAAUAUUCGUCAGGUUGGCUCAUGUCGUUUCUCCUAUGAGAUUUCAUAUAAUAACAUAUAGUUAUAAAUAAAUAGAGUAAAAUUCACAAACCCCCCAAAGUUAUUGAAUUUUAAAGAUUUGCACUAUUCCGGUAAAACAGUUCUAGGCCUGUCUUCAUGAAUAUUCAUUAGGUGGUCUGAUGGCGUCACAUCCCCACUUUAAGUUGCAGCAAUAAAUAACUAAUGCACUUUAUCAGUUGUGAAUCCAAUUGAUUUAGUUCUAGGUAGAAAAUUAUUGAAUAAAUCUAAUUUCAUAUAAUAAAAUACAAAACAAGUGGGGAUAUGACAUCAGCCCACCUUAUGAAUAUUCAUGAAGAUAAACCUAGAAAUGUUUCACCGGAAUAAUGCAAAUUUUUAAAAUUCAAGUUAUUUAUUAUCCGAUUUUGAUAGAUAUAAAUAUCUUCAGCCUGGUGCAUCCCUAUAAAUCAGUUGCUAAUCCAAUUUUUCAAUCAUUGGAGGAUGAAAUAUGAGUGAUCAUAGUAUGUGUGGUUAUGACAUUAAUUUCCUCAUUGUUUAUUCAUGAAGACAUGCAUAGAACUUUUACAAAGAAUUUAUUUUUUACAGCCUGAAGUAUGUCUUUAAAAUUGUUUUCGGUGUUUUUUUGAGGGAGUUUUGUUUAAUUUUGCAAAGAAAUUGUUUUAUUUGUAUAAUUUUGGUGCAUUAUGGUACAUGUAUGUACAGACAUGGGUAUUCUGACGUAUUUCAUAUCCAAUAAAGUUUGAACAAAUUUCAAA